AUGAGGAGAACUUCAUAUGCUAAUGUUGUUAUCAAUGGUGCUAAUGACGAUUCUGAGAAUACACCUCAUGAUGAGGUUCCUAACUCCGGCGAUCUUGAUGAUGCGUCUUUCAUCACCUCAAAUGGACAUCCUCUGUAUUUACAAAACGUUGAUCAUCCUGGCCUUGUGUUGAUCUCUAAGAAGCUCACAGGCACAGAGAAUUUUGGUCCGUGGAAGCGCUCAUUAAGCAUAGCUUUGUCUGCCAAAAACAAAUUAGGUCUUCUUAAUGGUAGUGUGCCAAUGCCUGAUGCUGAAUCACCUCUUCGUGCUCAAUGGGAGCGUGUGAAUGAUAUGGUGAUAAGCUGGAUCUUGAACACUGUUUCAGAGGAAAUCAGUAAUGGCAUGGAUUUUGUCAACACAGCUCAAGAAGUCUGGGAAGAAUUGACUGGACAGUUCUCUAGUAUUGAUGGACACCGCAUCUAUCAAAUCCUUAAGGAUCUCCAUGCUCUUGAGCAAGGUGACAAGUCGGUUGAAAUCUACUAUCAUAAGAUGAAAAAUCUUUGGGAUGAAUAUGUGGCUUUGGAACCUACUACUACCUGCAAAUGCAGUGCCAAGUGUGAUUCUCAUCUAGUAGUUGAAGCAAGGCAUCAGAGAAAGCGCUUGCUACAAUUUAUUAUUGGGCUUAAUGACAGCUUUUCUAAUGCCAGAGGUCAGAUUCUCAUGAUGGAUCCAUUGCCGUCUAUUACUCAAGCAUAUUCCCUUGUUAAACAGGAGGAGAAACAACGCCAGAAACAUGUUUCUUCUAAUGCUUUUCUUGGCAAUGUCAAGUCUGACAUAUCUACAACGUCUCCUACUGUUUCCUCUGCUGGGACGAACAAUGUUCUUCCUGAUUCAACCAGUUCUAAGAAAUAG